UCCGGCGACGGCCGCCUUUAUAACUGCUCAGCUAGCCGAGGGCGGGAUCAUUGCCCAAGGACUCGUCCAGCACCGAGAAGCCUGCGUGCUUCUCCCUUACGCGCGAGGAGGGCGCCAAGUUCACCGCCAAAACCCAGAUACAAGGGUUCUAAGUUGCUGAGGCUGCCCUUGAAUUUGUGAUUGUCCUGCCUCAGCCUCCCAAGUUGCUGGUAGUACAGGACCAGAAUGACCACAAAAGCCCCCGAUGGCUGCCGCUCAGACCUGGACUCCAGGUACCACAGACUCUGUGAUCUGAGUGAAGCAUGGGGCAUCGUCCUAGAAACAAUAGCUGCAUCAGGGGCUGUGACCGCGGUGGCCUUCAUGCUCGCUCUCCUGAUCCUGGUCUGCAGGGUGCAGGACUCCAACAGACGGAAAAUGCUCCCCACCCAGUUUUUCUUCCUCCUGGGUGUGUUGGGGGUCUUUGGCCUCACCUUCGCCUUCAUCAUCAAGCUGGACGGGGGCACAGGGCCCACACGCUUCUUCCUCUUUGGUGUCCUCUUUUCCAUCUGCUUCUCUUGCCUCUUGGCUCAUGCUUUCCACUUGAUGAAGCUUGUCCGUGGGAGGAAGCCCCUGUCCUGGCUGGUGAUUCUGGGCCUGGCCGUGGGCUUCAGCCUUGUACAGGACGUUGUCGCCAUCGAAUAUGUUGUCCUCACCAUGAACAGGACCAAUGUCGACAUCUUUUCUGAGCUUUCUGUUGAUCGUCGCAAUGAAGACUUUAUCAUGCUGCUCAUCUAUGUCCUUUUCUUGAUGGCUCUGACCUUCCUCACAUCCUUCUUCACCUUCUGUGGAUCCUUCAGUGGCUGGAAGAGACAUGGGGCACACAUCUGCCUCACCAUGUUCUUCUCCAUUGUCAUCUGGGUGGCGUGGAUCACUUUGCUCUUGAUUCCUACCCCUGGUCCCACCUGGGACGACACCAUCCUGAGCACAGCCUUGGUUGCCAAUGGCUGGGUUUUCCUCUUGGCUUAUGUUGCCCCUGAAUUUUACCUGCUUACAAAGCAACGGAACCCCAUGGAUUACCCGGUGGAAGAUGCUUUUUGUAAACCGCAACUCAUGAAGCAGAGCUAUGGUGUGGAGAACAGAGCCUAUUCUCAAGAGGAAAUCACUCAAGGUUUUGAAGAGGCAGGGGAUACCUCCUAUGCCCCUUAUUCCACCCACUUACAGCUUCAGAAUCGGACUCCCAAAAAAGACUUCUCCAUUCCCCGGGCCCAUGCUCGGACUAGCCCUUACAAUGACUAUGAAGGAAGGAAAGAGGGCAGUUAGCUCUGUUCUGAAGAGUGGAGCGACCACAGCAGACCCAACUGGCAGUCCAAAAAGGUGUGGGCUAAGUCCCAUCUUCCAAGCGAACUGUAUGAAGCAUUGUGGGGCAGCUGCCUACCCUCAGCCUCAGCCACUGUGCUUCCGGGGCUAGUUAAGACUCCGGUUCUUCUCAGCAUCGUAGUCUUUUCUUUUGUCCCAUACUUAGGGUACUUUAUUGAAGUGGGAGUCCUGGGCAACUCAGGGUGACUCUUACUGUUUGCUUAUGUGUGACUAAAAGUCUGGGCAUCUGACCGCAUGCUGGCUGGUUCAAUUCCUGAGGCGAUUUAUUAGGUGGGUUUUGUGGAAAUCACUUGGCCCAGAACAGAACUGCAAAUUCAAGCAAAACCAGCAAGGGUCUGUGUCUCAGCACCAUCUUGUCAAAAUCUACACUGGAAGCCAACCUCCAGGCACUCUCCUCUUGGCCUUCUUGCUUGGACUGAAGAGGUCAAAAGUCACCCAAACCUAUACAUCUAGAUGAUGCUGCCUCUUGCAGGGCCUCUGCAACUCCCCAGCACCAAUUCACAGGACACCUCUCUCUUUUUGCACCACCCCUGCAGACUGAAUUGUUCAUGUGCACUUUGCCAGGAGUUCUCCGGACCUCAUUAGCAUGCACCGUUUUUCCUAUAAAUUCUUGGCAUUGAUUCUUCUCCAAUCCUUUUGGUCCUCAGCCUCUGUAAAUAGAUUUACACUGUAUUUACCUCCUGAGUUCUGUAAGUGGGCAUUGUCAACUCUUGGGGGAGUUGUGUGGUAAGUUAUUCCCUUGUGUAUGCAAUAAAGAUGUGGCAGCAAC